UCUAAUAAUAUGAGAGUCGCAAUUCAAGAAAUUUGUAAUUUCGCAUGUGCUGAACCUAAUCAUAAAAGUUUUAUUGGUGGAGAAAGUAUUCUCGAAGCAGGGCAUUUAAUUAAAUGUGGGCUGCAGCCAUCUGACAGAAAUCUUGAUGAGGUGUAUAACAUCAUAGCGUUUUGUUUACAAACGUCACAUUUAAAAGAUGCUCCACAUGAAAUUGUUGGAGCAAUUGCAAAAACUGGUCAGAUUAUGGGCAUGUCAUGCUCAUGUAAAGCAGGGUUAAGUGAAGCAUGUAAGCAUAUAGUCGCAACACUUCUAUUUUGUAAUAGAAAUGAUUAUGAUAAACUUCAAAUUAUUACUUGCACAGAUAAAAAGUGCGUUUGGAGUGCUCCGCAAAAAGCAGCACUGGAAAAAUAUGAGCCAAAUCCGUUAGCACAACAUAGUUGCUUUGAGUUAAUAAAACAAAAAAUUUUGGAUGCUCCAAGUAAAAAACAUAAAAAAAAAAAUUGUGAAGCAACGGAACCUAGAAAGCAACUAGAACUAACUGAAGAAGAAAAUAAAAUACUUUUCGACAUGAUGGUGUUAAAUCUACCUUGCAGUGCAUUGAGUGAACACACAGCUGGACGGCAUGAGGCUUUACAAGAGGUGUCUAAUAAUUCUACCUGUGAUUCUUCUAAAAUUCUCACUAUUUUUCAAAAUCAACGUUGUUCAAAAUUUCUCGAACAGCUAGAACAGGUUAAAGUAAAUCCUUUAAAAGAUUGCUGUAAAAAUAUAACCUUUAAAUUAAGCGAUAAUGUUGUUGAUAUUUGCAUCCAAACUAUGGAGUUUCAUUCCGCCUGGUUAAAAGAACGACAAUUUAGAAUUACUGGUAAUGAUUCCUACCAGUUAUAUACAUAUAAAAAUAAUAUAAAGCCGGAUUGGAAACAGAAAUCACUAAAAUACUUUUAUUCUAAUCCGAUAAAUAAUUCUUAUACACAGCACGGUUUAAAAAACGAGCCAUUAGCUCGAAAUAAUUAUGAUGAGUCUGAACCUUCGGUGAUGGUAAUUGAAUGUGGUCUCGUUGUUUGCCACAAUAACUUCUGGCUUGGAUAUUCACCUGAUGGUGUCGUUUUUGAUCAAAAUAAUAAACCUAUUAAAUUAAUCGAGAUUAAAUGUCCUUAUGAGGGGAAAAAGAAAAGCUUGCAGGACGUAAUUCCUUUAUUAAAGUGGUUAGUGAAUGAAAAUGGUACAUGGAAUAUGAAAAAAAAACACAUGUAUUAUUCUCAAAUUCAAAUAGGCAUGGCUGUUCUAAAUUUACCAACAACUGAUUUCAUUAUUUAUACUCCGUUUGAUAAUAAAAUAAUGGUAUUAACUAUUGAAUUUGAUGAAAUUUUUGCAAAAGAUUUGUUGCAUUCUUUGAAAAGGAUUUAUUUUAAUCAUAUGAUUCACAACAUAUUUGAUACUCAAACUCUUAACAAUAAUAAUAACAAUAAAUAA